AUGGCGAGCGGCCUGGGCCUAAUAACCCCGGCCUCGCGCCCCUCGACCAGCGGCUCCAGGUCCAAGUUCCAGCUCCCAAGCAGCUCCUCCUCGAGCUCCACCGAGCACGACCCAACGAAACCCCCAAACGACGAAGACGACGACGACUUCGACCCAGACGCCCCCCUCCCCUUCCCAACCGCCCUCUCGCGCCGCGACUUCCUCGCCCCAGACUUCAACGCAGCCACCUACCUCUCAUCACUCUUCCCCUCUGGUUCCUCCGAAGACACGGGCACGGGCGCGUACCACCGGCACCAGACGCUCGAGGACCUGCGUGCGGAGCUCCGGGAGCGCAGCAGCGCCAUCAGCGCCGAGCUGCUGGAGCUGGUCAACGCCAACUACGCGGCGUUCCUGGGGCUGGGCGACGGACUGCGGGGCGGCGGCGAGCGCGCCGAGGACGUGCGCGUCGCGCUGCUGGGCUUCCGCCGCCAGGUCGAGGACGUCCAGGCGCGCGUGCGGGGCCGUAAGGAGGACGUGCUGCGGUCCGGGGCCGAGCUGAGGGCUGUCCGCGGGGAGGUCGAGGCCGGGAGGCGGAUGCUGGAGCUUGAUGAGCGGGUUGGGUUGUUGCUUGGGAGGUUGGAGGGCGGUGGUCCUGACGGGGAGGAGGAAGACGAUGACGACAGUGUGGAUGACAACGAGGAGAGGCUGGUCGAGAUGGCGAGGGAAUACAAUGCUAUCAUCAGGCUGGCCAAUGCCCUCGGGCGCGACCUGCCAUACGUCAGGAAAAUGGAGGAGAGGAUCACGAGGUGUAGGAACACGUUGCUGGUAGAUCUGGGUGCUUCGCUGAAAGAGGCGCGGAAAGCGGGCGAGCAGGAGAGGACCGUCAGAUUACUUGGAGUGCAUCGACAGCUGGGCGCAUACUCGGAGGGAGUCAAGACACUCAAGGAGAAAUAA